AUGGACAAGUUUAUUAGAGAAUUGACACAUGAUGAUGAACUAUUUGAAAAGCAAUGGCCUGCUACAUUUGAUCAAUUACGAAAACUAUACAACGAAUACGACGAGAAAAAUAUCGAUAUGUCUAAUGUCAAAGUGAAAAUUUUGGAUGCUCUCAUUGAUUAUGCGUUUGCAGAAUCGAGUAAUCACCGUGAACCGAUUUCUGUCAAAUUUACGUUCAUCGACAACGUUGCUAAAACCUUAACUGAUGAUCCACUACCACCACUCGAUGAAAUGGUUCGUAUUUUGCGACGUAUUCUCGAUACAAACAAUCUAUUCAAUAAGUGGUAUCUAGCCUGCAUUGCAGUACUUCACUAUAAACUUAAAAUAUUUGAACGUUUAUCAUCGACAAAAUCAAGCGAUUUAAUCGAAUCGAUUUUUCAAAGUUUAGAAAAGCAGUCAUUUUCAAAUGAACAAACAGAUAGUGCAACACAAGAGAAGUGGCGAAAUUUUCUAUCACGAGAAAUGUUUUCAGCAUUGUUGACGGAUACCAAUGAAUUAAAUAUUGAAGAAACCAUGCUUGUAAUGCGACCUGCUUAUCAACAACUUUUUCGGCAAGUCAAAUAG